AUGGAUGUUGGAGAUGGCAACAGGAGUGAGGAACUCGAAGAUGAUGGCAGUGGUGAAGAGGAUGGCAGCAGUGAAGAGGAUGAAAGCGGUGAAAAGUAUGAAAGCAGAGAUGAGAACGAACAAGGUACUGAUACCAUGAACUGGGAUAACCCCGCCCUUUAUAAGAUGCCUGAUGCAUCAAUGGCAGGCACUGUGGCGCUGGCACCGGCUGGCUUCGCUGAUGCAUCACUUCAGCUCACAGGACCCAAUCAACCUGCAUUCUACUCUCAGUCCCAAUAUCCUGAUUGGUCACUGGGUUUGCACAGUGUCAUGGUACCUCAAGCUAGUGCACCUCUCGGCUCAAUCGAACCAUUUGAUGCCCAAUUUUUACAACCCGAUCUUACAGCUAUGGGAUAUUUUGAUACCGUGCAGAAUACAUCAUUCGACUCACCGGCUUCUUCGGGAUUCUCACUUGCUGAUGCUAUGCAAGGUGCUACUGCAGAAUACAACAUGCACGGGUGGAAUUUCAACAAUGCCGAUCUUAAUUCAACAGGGUGGGGGACAUCUAGUCUGUCUUCUUUGUUGACUUCCCCAACCUCUGAUGAGCACAGUACCAUGAGCCCUAAACUCGAUGAAGACCUUCCUCAAUUUGCUUAUCAGCUUCCUACUCUUCCAGCUGCGAACCCCCCUUCUCUGACUGAGACCAUCCAACCUCCCGAAGUUCCCAAUUUGCAGGCUGGUACUGGACAUGCUAAGUCCAAGCGCAAGUCCAAGUCCAAGUCGAAACUUCCUAUGACCAAGUCUCUCACAGCACACACCAACAAGCCUCCAUCCGCCGCUGAAGUCAUUGCAGACACUCCCACUGUUACAGCUGCACCCACUACAGUCAAACUCGCUCCCCUGGUCAAUUCUACUCCUGUGGUUGCGCUUGCAAAAACUGCCAAACCCAAGGCCAAACCCAAACCAAAAUUGAAACCCAAGGCAACUCCUAUUAGUGCCAAGUCCAGCGCAGUAACGGAAACGACGCACAUUGCUGCAGAUGAAGGUAACAUGUUGGGUAAUUCACUUACUAUCAAUAAUGUCACGCAAAAAGAUACUGCAAAUCAGAUUGGAGUGGCACAUGUAUUGAAGCACAUUCCAAUCAAAUCCAGGUGGAGUGAUAUUGCUGACUCAAUCGGGUCAGAUGGCCUGACAUUUGUUGGUAUUGGUAGCAAGGAAAAUCCAAGUGCUUUGGAGGAGGUUGGGGGAACAUCAUUGAAGUGUACUGCUGACUCGACUGCAGAGUGUGUUAUUCCAACAAAAAACAGGAAACGACUAAACAAGGGCAUGAGCAGACUGGCUUUAUGUUGGAUCCAUGAAGUUCUCUUCUCUGUUUGA